AAUCAAGCGACCUGCAUAUGCUGUCGGGCACCAACAAGGCAACCCCCAUGCGCGUCAGACACCAACCCCUCUGGCUUACGACAUGUGCUGCUUCUUGGCAAUCGAAUUACACCUUUCUCUCCAUGUGAAUCUAUCUUAUCCCCCGUGAUAAGACUAAGAGAUCGGAAAGCGUCUAUUUGAAAAUGCCUAAACGUAGGCAUAGCCUCGACAUUCUUCUGGAGGGGGGUAGACAGAAAAAGAAGAUCAACGAGUCUGACGUCUCAAAGCGAAUCUCAGACCUAGGUUCCGGCAGAAUAGAUAUUACAGUUUCCUUUCGAUCUUCUAGCAAAGCCGCUCGAAACGAUCCGUUACCUCGAAUUGACUGGCGGUCGAGACUGCAGGAAUUACAAGGCCACAGGAAGAGCUCAACGACUCAGUCUCCUGCCCGAAUUUCAUCCAUUGUGCCUCUCGAUAGGUCUCCAGGUUCAGCAGACGGCUACGAGCGACAAGUCCAGGCAGAUACCAUGAGUGUUGACGAAAACACACAGGAUGUCGAGAGUAGCGACUUGAAUAAGGAAGAAGGCCGAAUAGACGACGACGGUGACCAGAUGGAUGAUGACGAUAGUAACAGGUCUUCUGUUGAUGAAUUUGCAGAGUUUUCGUGGCUGGAGCAGAUCGAUACGGUUGCCACCAGAUACAGUACAGAAAUUGCAACAUGUGACGCAAAAUUAAUCAGACGCGACCAAAUUUCGUCUGCAUUCUGGAUUCAGAUGGAAGAACCAUCCCAUGAGACCUCUUGUCUCGGCUUCGACCUUUUUGACCGAUACGGGCGCUUGAACCGCGAAUUCUACGAGCACGGCUUCAAGAAAGGCUCCGGUGCUUGGGGCUCUGAAAUAGACCGUGGUGACAUUCUCUUGUUCGAGAAAAUCAGCGUCACACCGCAGCAUCGCCGUGAUGGACUCGGUACACAAAUCGUCCAGGCAAUUCUAGAAAAGAUUCGGCCAAAAACAAAUCGUUUUGUGGCAUUUGUUAGUCCUGGAUACCUCACUGACGAAGUUGAUGAAGGGGGAAAAGGUGAAUGGAGGGAGCAUCAGGCGAUCUCAGAACUGUUUUUUCGGUCAUUGGGUUUCAGAAGAGUAGGCGUUUCUUCCUGGUUUGCGUUCGUGGACGACCCAAGUCACCCUUCUCGACAAUUGAAGGCCUCGGAUGACUGGAACGAGCCUGAUAACUCUUAUGACACCGCUUGCAUCCCUCAGUCAGCAAGGCAAGCUUUCGCAAGUUUAUCGAACCCAAAAUUGCCAGGUGAUGAAUGUGUCAGCCAGCUUCAAAAAGACAUGCCAGCAGAUUUCCAGGAUGCGUCUUGGUCAGCGAUCGAUGAAGAUGGUAACAACAUACUCCAUCUAGCUGCGAUACAUGCCAAAUUGGAGGCGAUCCAAUACAUUCUCUCUUGUCGUCGGGAUCUAGCCAGCAACCGCAACCGAGCAGGGGACUCACCACUCGAGGCUUUGAAAGCCAAGAUGGAGUCGAUUCGAACAAGGGCAGUUCACGGCGAACUGACUAGUGUGUGCGCAGAUAAAUUUGCAGGAUUCUCGCAACGUAUCAUUGCCUGCAUUGCAGCCCUUUCCGACAGUGAAAUAUUCAACCUCGACGAAAUUUCACCAGAUCUUAUAAACGAGAUAAGCUCAGCCGCGGAAGAAAUCAAGCGCAACCCAAAGAUACAGCUCGCGCUGCAUAGUCUGCGACUACGAUACGGCUGCACCUGCGGGGAGUGUAUCGGUGGUUUCCUCAGCCCGAGAAUGCGAUUUGCCCUUCUGUGCCAGGCAGAGAUUCAACACGACCUAAUGCGGGAGUCGUUUUAUGAAUUCCAGGACGGCCCUGACUGGGUUGAGGAUAAUGAUGAAGAGCUCAACUUCUUGCCAGCUUCAGUAAAAGAAAACUUAAAGACCAACAAGUCGAUGAGAGAGGGAUUCAUCAACAUCUGUGGCUACAUUGCUGAAUGUCUGAAGCAAAGGAGGAUCCCCAACGAAAACAACGUGCUAUACAUAUACCAGAAGAAAAGCAGCGAGUGGCCACCGGUUACAAAACACUAUCUCGAGAGAGGGGGAACGGUUGCCGCCGUGGCCACCAUGCUUUUCCAAAAGGCCCUGCAGCAAGGUGAAUAUAGUGGCGAUGGUAAUCACCAGGAUGUCUUUGGAGAUGAGAUAGUAAAGAUGCCGGAGUGUCGAAAUGACUAUGAGUUUGGGUUUGUAAGUGGUAUGUGUGGGUAUCGGAGAAUCUCAGCAGUUCAGUAUGUGGACAUGUUUGGCAACCCGAUCGACAAAGAUUAGAUAUACAAAAGGAGACAUCAGUUUACUAUCAAUCCACUUGCAUUUAAAUAUCAUAAGAUACAGAGUUAUAGUUGUUCCGAAG